UCAGAUAGCGAGCUCGUCGAUACUGUCGAUGGUGUCGUCUGCCUCUCGAUCAGGAUCCAGGUGUGGGCAUUUCGGCGGUGGCGACGACCGGCGACGAGGUUUCGCCGACGGUCUCAAACCUCUGUCCAGCGCUUCUGUCCUCGAUUCCGAAUCUGGCUCUUCGGGGAGCGGCGAGAGACGAAUACCCGUUCCGUCAUUCUUCGCUCCCUUCCCCUCCUUCUUCUUCUUCAUAGGGCUAAACUUCCCAAAAGCCCCACAAAGCACCGCAAGACAUCCCGCGUGUUCUUCUUCAAUCGGCGCAGGCGUCCCCGCUGCCGGUCGUGGACGCCGUGGGCUUUCUUCCACCGCAUCGCCGUCGAUUUCAACCACCGUAAUGCGCACGCCUUCCGGCUCUGCGGCCGCUGACGACUGCUGCGAUACCCGAGCUCUGCUUGUUUUACUACUUGUGGCCAUCUGCUCUACUGCAUCUUCGUACCUAGAAUCCGGGGUAGAGGAGGCAGAGGCUGGGACGAUGGGGCGGUCGGCGAAGCGGACGCUGUGGGGGGAGGAAGUAGAAGACAUGGCUGGUCCUGCUGUAGAAAACGCGUGUCGUCCUAUUGGGAUGAAGUGGAAUGGUUGAGAUAAUGAGGGAGGAAGAGCGACGGCGAGUCUCUCCCACGACGCAGGACCUCUAAGGCACUGAAGAGGUAGAGUUGGUUGACAACGUAGGUUUUUGGACUAAAUAAAAGAUGUUGGUGUCUAUAGCUGUGGUGUAUGCGCUGAAGAAGGAGCAUGUUAGAGAAGAUACGGUUCUUUAUUAGCCUUACUUAGGAAACGGAGAUGGUGAAUGGUGAAGGGCGUAUGUUGAUGAAAGUGCUGGCUUGAGUAGGUAUCAAGAGAUCAUUCCUACUCUUUCAAAAGCAUCAGCUUAUGCUUAGAGCUUUUGCUUUACAGGAUGCCGUACUAUAG